AUGGCGGGCUCUCCGGAGGCGGCGGAAGAGGCGGCGGCGCAGGGCCCGCAGCCCCCGGCGCGGGGCGGGAAGCGGGCGGCCCCCGCACCCGGGGACCCUCAGCCGGCCAAGCUGAGUCGCGCCGAGCUCUACAAGCCGCCGACCAGCGAGGAGCUGAGCCAGCUGAAGGAGACGGAGGAUCUGUUCCACUCCAGCCUGCUCCGCCUGCAGAUUGAAGAGCUUCUGAAGGAGGUGACAUUGAAGGAGACAAAGAAGAAGAAGAUUGAUACCUUCCUCCAUGAAAUUAACAGCCUGCUGAGCGCCCUCCCAGAGACCACAGAAACUGAACUCACCGACCAGGCCUGGCUUUCCAAGGAUGUGAAGGUCCCGUUCCUGCAGGUGCCAUUCAGUGUGAAGGGGAGGUUUCACUUUGUGCCCCCAGCCGAGCUGAAGGUGGUGGGCAGUUACCUGCUGGGCACCUGCGUUAAGCCGGAGAUCAAUGUGGAUGUGGCAGUGAUCAUGCCCCGGGAAAUAUUCCAGGACAAAGAUAAUCUGAAUCAACGCUACCACCGGAAGAGAGCUCUGUACCUGUCCCACAUCGCCCAGCAUUUCUCCAAGGAGAAGCUCUUUGGCAGUGUGAAGUUUGCCUACAUGAACAGCAACCAUCUGAAACCCAUCCUGCUCGUCAGGCCUCAAGGCAAGGAUGAGAAGAUGGUCACUGUCCGACUCCAUGCCUGUCCUGAUGCGGGUCUCUUCAAACCCAGCCGCUUCCAUCCCAGCAAGAACAACGUCCGCACCGCCUGGUUCAUGGAGCAGAGCACCCCCAAAGAAGGAGCCCCCGAGCCCCCGACCCCCCACUACAACAACUCCAUCCUCUGUGACACAGUGAUGCUCUCCCACCUGCAGUUCUUGUCUAAUGCAGCCACUGACUUCCCAGGCAUGAAGGAUGGCCUGGCCCUCCUCAAAGUUUGGCUCAACCAGCGGCAGCUCAGCAAGGGCCUGGGGUGCUUCAGUGGCUUCUUGGUCUCCAUGCUGGUUGCCUACCUGCUGAUAAAACGCAAGAUCGUCAAGAUGAUGAGUGGGUACCAGGUGUUGAGGAGCACUCUGCAAUUCCUGGCCACCACUGACUUGAGUGUGACAGGGAUCAGUCUAGCAAAGGAUGCGGAUCCCUCCCUGCCUGCCCUGGAUGACUUCCACCAGGCAUUUGAAGUGGUCUUUGUGGAUCCCUCUGGGCUGGUGAACCUCUGUGCUGAUAUGACUGCCAGCAAAUACCACCAGGUCCAGUUUGAAGCCAAGUGCUCCAUGGAAAUUUUGGAUGACCGGAUGGUGGAUGGCUUUCAGGCACUGCUCAUGACUCCAAAGCCCAUGGUCAGAGCCUUUGACCACAUCUUCCACCUGAAGCAUGUGUCCAAGCUGCAGGGUACCUGCAAGAAGAUGCAGCUGCUGAAUGAGCUGAUGGAUCGGGGUGGGAACUACGUGGCUGCGGCCCUGCCCUUCAUUGUUUCGCUGAUGUCACGUGGUCUGUCCAAUAGAGCACUGCUUGUGGCUCACUCCUUGCCCCAGAUCCCUGAGUGGUCAAUUGAUGCUGAGCCCCCAAAACACAAGGAUGUUGGGUCCCUGACAUUUGGGCUCCUGUUUGUUCCCGAGUUUGCUGUCAGCACGCUGGAGAAGGGACCACAGGCUGAUCACCCCGAGGCCCAGGAGUUCCGGACCUUCUGGGGAGAGAAGUCAGAGCUGCGGCGGUUCCAGGAUGGCAGCAUCUGUGAGGCUGUGGUGUGGGAGGCCAGCACUGCCUGCCAGAAACGCCUCAUUCCUGAGCAGAUCGUCAAGCACCUGCUGAAGCUCCAUGCGGACAUUCCCGAAUCCUCUAUCUGCUACGCAGGAGCCCUGCUGGAAUCUGUGAUCAGGACUGGGCAAAAGGCAUCAGGGAUGGGCGAGGAGGCCAUGGUCAGUGUCGUCUGCUCCUACGACGACCUGAGCCGCAAGCUCUGGAACCUGAAGGAGCUGCCGCUGACGGUGACGGCUGUGCAGGGUGUCCACCCAGCCCUCCGGUACACGGAUGUCUUCCCUCCCAUUCCCAUGAAGCCGAUUUAUUCCUUCCAUAACCUAAUCAGAAUCAAGCACUUGCUGCUUCCUUCGACAGAGAAGCCCUGCCCAGCCUACAUAACCCCUUUGAAGAUCAUCUGCCACAUGGAAGGCAGUGGCCAGUGGCCACAGGACAAGGAAGCCAUUAAGCGUAUCAAGGCAGCUUUCCACCUCCAGCUGGCUGAGCUCCUCUGGCAGCAGCACCAGUUCCUUUGCAGACCUGCAGCCACCCACACUGAUGUGUACAAGGAUGGCUACGUUUUCCGUCUCCAAGUAGCCUACCACCGGGAGCCCCUGAUCCUGAAGGAAGUGGUCACCCCGGAAGGGUUGUUGAAGUACCAGGACACAGAGGAGUCUCGUCAGCUGGAGUGGGAGACGUUGCAUUUGCCCUAUCUAACCAGCUCUCUGCAUGGGCUCCAGCAGCAGCACCCUGUCUAUGGCAGCACCUCCCGGCUGGCCAAGCGCUGGGUCAGUGCCCAGCUCCUGAGUGACAACAUCUCUGAGGAGUGUGUGGACCUUCUCGUGGCGUUUCUCUUCCUCCACCCAGCCCCUUUCACACCACCCAGCUCUCCCCAGGUGGGGUUCCUGCGCUUCCUCAACUUGCUGGCAACCUUUGACUGGAAAAACAACCCUCUGAUUGUCAACAUAAACACUGGCCUAACAGACACUGACUGCACAGAGAUCAAGAACAAGUUUGUGGCUGCUCGCUCUCGCCUCCCUGUCAUGUUCAUCGCCACCCCCAAGGACCAGUGGAGCUCCAUGUGGACCCAGGACCGACCCUCGGCGCAGAUCCUGCAGCGCCUUGUCGUGCUCGCCUCGGAGUCUCUCCGUGCCCUGGAGGAGCAGCUCAUGGACCCACUCAACAGCCAGGAUGUGAAGAUGGUCUUCCGCCCUCCUUUGGACUUCUACGAUGUCCUAAUUCACCUGAAUCCAAAACAGAUUCCUCGGCAUCUGGAGAACGUGGACCGGCCACCAAAAUCCUUUUCCCGUGGUGUGGUGAAGAACAGCACUGCCGUGAAUAUCCUCUUUCCUGUGGUGGAUUAUGACCCUGUGCAGUGCUACCUCCGGGAGCUGAGAGAUGCCUUCAGCGAUCUUGCCAUGUUCUUCUAUGACAAGCAUGGUGGAGAAGUGAUUGCAGUUUUGUGGAAACCUUUGAGCUUUCAGCCUCAGCCUUUUAAGGUCUCCAACAUGAAAGGAAGGAAGGUGACAACCGUGAACAACGAGCUGGUCUGUGUUCCCAACGUGGAAGCAAUUCUGGAGGACUUUGAGGUUUUGGGAGAAGGCCUGGUCAAAAGUGUGGAAGCUCGUACAGAGAAAUGGACUAUCUAAGACCACUGAGAGGUGUCAGAAUGGCCUGUUCUGAAGCAGUUUGUUCACUCUGGGACUGUUCCUUUUCGUAAAUCAGUCCUGGACAAGGCUUUUAGCUUUCUAAAUCCCAGAACUGUUUUAACUGUAUUUAUCUUUAUAUGCCUUGUUCACAAAAAGCAGUGGGACCUGUUAUUGUUUUCAAGAAUAUAAAUACCUUUUUAUUUUGAAGAAGAUAUGAAGAUGGGAUAAAGUUUUUGAAAGUGUCCCUGUUUCAUUGUAGGAAUCUAAGCUAUGUUCACAUGAAAAUGUCAAGGUCUGAAAAUAUGGCUGAGGUGUGCAGUGGGAAGGCAGUUUCCUAGUUUGGUAGGAAAUUUACUGCAGAUGCUGUUAUUGUAGUGGUUAGCAAAACCAAAGAAACACAGUUGUUCCAUAAUGACCAGGUUAUUCCUUUCUACUGAGCCACAGUGAGAAAUUCUAAUUAAAACGCUUUUUCUUUACUGUGAUGGUGUUCGAACAUCAGCACAGGUUCCCCAGGGAGGUGGUAGAGUCUCUGUACUUGGAGAUACUCAAAACCCAACUGGACAUGGUCCUGGGCAGCCUCCUCUAGGUGACCCUACGGUGAGCAGAGAUGUUGGGUUAUAUCUCUCAUGUGAAAUGAUCACUGGGACUUCUGAUGAGGGAAGAGAGCAAAUGGACUUUCCCCAUCCCCUCCUCUGGUGAAGGCAGCACAGGUGUUCCAACAGCAAAGUGCAGGUGAAUCAGAUGUGGAGUAAAGAAAACAGACUUCAUGACAGCAGAUACUGCAGACACCAAAAACAGAUCAGGCUUGGAAAAGCAGGGGGAUGUACAGGUAGCCUGAUAGCUAGGCCAUUGUUGUUUGGUAAGGGGCGUUUCGGAUGAGAUGUUAAACGUGUCGCCUCAAGACCUACUGGCCUCUUCAGCUGUUGGCAGAGGGUCCAAUGCUUUGUGGAGGAGAUUUGCAACUUGUUUUUCAGAUGUUUUCUCUGAAGCGUUUGAAAGUGGGCUGUGGCAGAGAUGGGGCCCUGGGCUGGUGCUAUCUACUUAGUGCCCAUUGAUUGGUGUUUGGAGGCACAGUGUGUCCUACGGGGCACAGACAUGUGUGCAGCCUCCCUGGUUUUGGGAUAUAUUUGCUAUAUUAAAAUUACAAGGAACAUUUUCCCCUCUUCCCUGUGCUUGUGGCUGAGGCAGGCUGCAGACAAAAUCCAUUGCCCAUCCUUUGCUUGCAAGAGCUUUAUGAGUACACCUAAACUGAAAACAUCAAAAGCUCUUAGUGGGCAAAACAGAUCUCAAACCUGAGAAUAAAGUAGCACAUUCUGCUUCUGCUGUGACCCCUGCAGCCUAGGAACCUGUUGACAGGUCCAUUAGCAAAUGAUGCAGGCAGUGAUUUCGACAGGUUUCAGAAGCAGCUAAUUAGGGAUUAAUUUUUAAUCUUCUCUUUGUUCUGCUUUAUCAUUCUCUAGAUGUUGGAAUUGCCCAGUCAGCCUUCAGCAAUGGCUGUAAUUUUCCUCAGUAGUUGGAUCAUUCUUGCUUCUCGUGUCCAUUUGCCUUCACUCUGAACAUGCAGUUUGACAUUUGGAUUCUGUGAAUUUGCCAACACAACUGUUGGACAACAUUUUGAGUUGCUGCACUGGUUCCUUGUGCCAGAGGUUUGCCUGUUCCCUCCAUGUCCCAUCCUGCCCUUGCUUUUCCCCCUGCCUUAUGUUUUGGUCCAGAACAUUCUCUUCACUGAUGUGUCUGCUUUUCCCUAGGGCAGAGGCAUGUGCUCGAGCUUGCAUUAGCUCACAAGGGAGCUGAUCUCCAGCCUUCUGCCUCACCAGGCAGGCUGGAAGGUCCUUUCCCCAGUGCUGUCAUGGGAUGCUUGGAUCCCCUCACUGGCUUAUUCUCUGCCUGGGAAUAUUUAUAGAGAGACAGUCUCUGCUGUAAUCCCCUUUGCCCUGUCCUCCCCACCCCAGCUCCCACAGUGGGGUCUGUGAAGGUUGUGCUUUGUAGGCAUAGCCCUGCAGCACCUCUGCUUUAAUCUGCUUCUUUUACACUGUUGGAUGUUGCAUUGCUACUCUUUUUCCUUUUUGCCUUUAAAAAGACAUAAAACUUCUCCUCCAACCUUGGGUAAAAUA